UUGUGGUCUGUAUACUUCCUGUAUGAGGGUAAGUAGACGGAAAUAGCAUAGUCGAAUACAUAUGGAAACAACAGAGGAAAUACAUGAGUCUGUUAUUAUUUUCUGAAUGCUGAGCAGUUGUACUACCGUUGGUGAAAUGAGACCAUGUACUUGGACGUAUGCACAGAUGAUUCUGCGUAUUCUCAACCCUUCCCUUCCGUGGAUUAGGCAUGUAUAAAGGCCAGCCUGAGUGGUCCACCAUGGAGAGGAGAAAAUAACACGAACGUCGGGUGGAAAGAGAAGAGGAGGACCUCGUCAGUGAAGCGACUCCAGCUUCCUCCAAGCGGACAUAGCCCCCAGUGUAUCCAGAGAGGGAGACAUAGAAAGAGAGCGCUAGAGAGAGAGUGAGAGUUCGAGAGAGGACGAGGAGGACGGAGAGUGAGAGAAGGACGGCGGGGAGAGAGUGAGUGGAGGGCGAGAGAGAUAAGAAGACGCGUGACAAUGGCGUUCCUGGACAACCCCACCAUCAUCCUGGCCCACAUCCGGCAAUCCCACGUGACCAGCGAUGACACGGGCAUGUGCGAAAUGGUGCUGAUAGACCACGACGUGGACCUGGAGAAGUGCCAGUCCACCAGCUUGUCUGGGGGCGGAGGCUUGGCCUUUGGCUCGGGCCAGUUCGGGGACAGUGGGAGUGGGAGUGAGGGCCAGUCCUGUGAUCUCUCCCAGUCCAUGGACAUCACCUCCAGCUGGGAUUUUGGCAUCCGCCGACGCUCCAACACAGCUCAAAGACUGGAACGACUGAGGAAGGAGCGACAAAACCAGAUCAAGUGCAAAAACAUCCAGUGGAAGGAGAGGUCCUCUUCCCAGUCAGCGGAAGAUUUGGGCUCGCUGUUUGAGAAGAAGGACUUCAAAGAGCGGCCUCGGAGCAUGGGCACCAAGUCCACCCUGUCCCUGCGGCUGGAGCAGUGUCCUCAGCAGCUCAACAACCCCUUCAACGAGUACUCCAAAUUCGAUGGCAAGGGCCAUGUAGGUACCACAGCAACCAAAAAAAUAGACGUCUACCUCUCGAUGCAGUCGGCUCAGGAGAAGCUGCACCCCAUGACGGUGGUCACCAUGGCGAACGCACGGGUUCACGACCUCAUUGGUCUGAUCUGCUGGCAGUACACCAGCGAGGGGCGGGAACCCAAGCUGAACAGUGAGAACGUGAAUGCCUACUGCCUGCACAUCGCCGAGGACGACGGGGAGGUGGAUACGGACUUCCCCCCGCUGGACUCCAAUGAGCCCAUCCACAAGUUCGGCUUCAGCACACUGGCCCUCGUCGAGAAGUACUCCUCCCCCGGCAUGGCUGCUAAGCAGUCGCUGUUUGUGAGAAUAAAUGCGGCGCAUGGUUUCUCCCUGAUCCCGGUGGACAGCCUGAAGGUGACCAUGAAGGAGAUCCUGCAGAGGGCCCUGAAGAAGAGGAAAGGCUCACAGAAAGGCUCCGUGUUUGUGGGUCCCCAGUACCGGCUGGAGAAGCAGACGGAGCCCAACGUGGCCGUGGACCUCGAGAGCACGCUGGAGAACCAGAACACGCUGGAGUUCUGCCUCGUCCGAGAAAACAGCUCAAGAGGCGAGGAGAGUUCCGAGGAGGAUCCUCCCAUAGACAUCACCACAGUGCAGGACAUGCUGAGCAGCCACCACUACAAGUCCUUCAAGAUCAGCAUGAUCCAUAAGCUGCGCUUCACAACAGACGUACAGCUGGGCGUCUCGGGAGAGAAGGUGGAGAUCGACCCGGUCACCAAUCAGAAGACCAGCACCAAGUUCUGGAUCCGACAGAAGCCCAUCUCCAUCGACUCCGACCUGCUGUGUGCCUGCGACCUGGUGGAGGAGAAAAGCCCCAGUCAUGCAAUAUUCAAACUCACAUAUCUCAGCAAUCAUGACUACAAGGCGCUCUACUUCGAGUCCGAUGCUGCUACAGUCAACGAGAUCGUGCUCAAGGUCAACUACAUCCUGGAGUCGCGAUCCAGCUCGUCACGUGCCGACUACUUCGCCCAGAAGCAGCGCAAGCUGAGCCGCCGCACAAGCUUCAGUUUCCAGAAGGACAAGAAGUCGGGCCAGUAGCCGACAGGAAAACCCCAGCGUCCUCCGCAUCAGCGUCUGAGUUAGCUCCGCACAGCUGCAAGGCACCGACCCACGAGGAGCAGAAGAUUAAACAGGAGACCAGAGGAGAGGAGGCUGGUAACCAAAACCAACACGAGGCUGAAAGAUCAGAGCAAGGAAGAGGGGGAUUGGGAUGGGAGGAAAGCGGGGAAUAAAGAGGGAAGGGGAAAAGGAUGCACUGGGGAAACUAGAGAGAGGUUUGAAGGAAGGAAGAAGAGCCAGCGAGAGGUAGGAAAGUUGAGAAAAACAAACGGGGGAAAAAGGAGAAAGGGUUGAGAAAAGAGGAAGGAGGAGGAAGAGAGGAACUUGAGUUGGAGGUUGUGAUGGUGAUGAUGAUGAUGAUGAUGGAGAAAAUGUGUGGGCCUCUUGUGGUCUCUGGCAUAGGGCCGCCCGUCAGCCAUAUCAGAAAAACCGAACUCUCCCUGUUGACGCCUGUCUUUGGCGGACGAACUGACUGACGUGAAGCGAACGAAACAACAGAAUCCUCAGCCAGUGAGGAACAAGCAAAAACAAACAAACUAAAAUAUUUCAUUAGUCGCACUAAUGUUUGGCUGUUUGGUGUUGAGAGGUGGAGGGGGUCGUCAAUACCAAGUCCAUCUGCAAAUCCUAAUUACAUCCACUGCCUGCUAAUGAACUGUAUGAAAAAUGUGUAUCAAAUGUGCGAGAAGGUAACAUAGUAAAACAAGAAAAAGAAAAAAAAAACAAACAUACAAAAUCAAGCUGCGAUGAGUGAGAAAAUUGUACUGACUCCCCCUGCUUCAACCCGUAUAUGUAUCACAAAUGUUAAACUGUAUCAAAUUGGUGGUGUCCAUGUAAAGGGAACAUCCUUGCAUUAAGAAAACAACGACAUGUAAAUAGCAACUGCAUUCAGGGUAACACGAUAAGACUAAAACCUGCUCUGGCCAUAGUAACUUCAGUGCCUGAUACCGUUCGAUAGAGCGACACUUGGGUUCUGUGGAGCGUGAGGGUUUUAGUGGUGAAUUUCACAACAGAGGUAGAGAUCAACCGCGAAACCUCACUUUUUAAACAUACGUGGAGGUGGGACAAGAAAGGCAAAGAAGAGAGAACCAAUUAUUCGUUUUGUUUUUCUUUCUUUUUUAAAAAAAAUGAUCAAACAAAAAUGAAAUUAUUAAGUGUACUUUUUACUGUGAUCUAUUAAUGUUUUUUUUUUUCCUCUGUGCAUUGUAUCUAUGGACUGUAAUAUAUCGAACCAACAGAUGUCUGUUAAACAGAUGAUAAAAUGUUUGUUCCGACUGUCCUAUUGGGCUGCAAUUAGGGAAUGUAUGACAUUUUUACUGCAUUGUGUGUCUCAAUGUUUCAAAGCGAUAACGUGCGUUUAUGCUCUGCUGGUUCUCUGCCUCGGGAUGUUUUUUUUUUUUUUUUCUGCUUUCACUUUCGUCUCUGUUUCCACACAACAGGGACCAACAAACAAUGUAACCAACUCCAAAAGCUGCUGUCUAAAUGGAUUCAGGGUGUGUGUUCAGAUCCAAACCGUGUUCCGACUCAGGUCUCCUACUGCCAUGUUAUGUUUACUGACUUUAGAGUUUUUUUUUUUUUUUAGAUUUUUGUUUCCUUUUUUUUCUUUUUUCUUUUUUUCCUUCCCUCUGUGUGAGCGGAAAGAAGACGUUGCACUCAGUGCAGCCACGCCACAGUAUUGACAGAUGGAUUCUGCUGGAAGAAGUACUCCCAUGUCAGGGGACUCGACAGUGAAUGAUAUUAAAACAAAAGACAUUUCAAAUGAAACUUUAUUUAUAGUGUGGAAGGCUAUGAUGGACUGGUGCUUGUCAUGCACCCUACGGAAUCAACUUUAUUUGCUACAGUACAUAUAUACUGUAUAUAAGUAGAUUUUCUAAUUAAAGAAUGAACUUGAAA